CAUUAUUUAAACAAAACGUGUAACCUUUGAACACGUGUGUACAAAUGCUUGUAAAGAGCACGUUAUACAUUUAUCGAUAUACCCGGGUUGACCUGACAAAGCGGAACAGAUAACAAACUAAAAAGAAUGAGAGGCAAACCAUUUUUGCAUUUCCAUCUAUUAAUCGCAUUUGUAGUAUCAUGCACCCUUCUAAGGAAAUGUCAAGGACAAUUAGAGGUGACAAGGACAACCUCUUUAGGAGACAUAACGGGAGUACGAACCUUAGUACCAGGAACCCCCGACACACAUGUCGAUCAAUUCCGUAAAAUCCCUUACGCACUUCCACCGGUUGGACAUUUAAGAUUUCAAAAGCCCCAACCCUUUGGAAGCUGGAACGGAACACUAGAAGGCAGAGACUUUGGACCUUCGUGUAUGCAAGGUCAGUCAGCAUUCUUUUUUGAUGUUCCAAACAAAGAUUUAUCGGAAGAUUGUCUGUUUUUGAAUAUCUAUGUUACCAGUAAUGCCUCUCCCAAUGGUAGCCUUCCGGUUAUGGUUUGGAUUCACGGCGGGGCCUUUCUUUACGGACAAGGAAUGUUUUAUAAUGCCUCUAAUUUAGCAUCAGUCGGCAACGUUGUGGUAGUUACCCUAAAUUAUAGACUUGGACUUUUUGGGUUUUUUACUUUGAAUAACCCGGUCGCACGUGGAAAUUACGGUAUAUACGAUCAAAUACUCGCCCUACAAUGGAUCAAUGACCACAUUGCCUCUUUUGGAGGAGAUCCCAAUUCCAUCACAAUAUUUGGGGAAUCUGCCGGUGGAAUGAGCACUAGUCUUUUGUCUCUGAUACCUUCCAAUAAAGGCUUGUUCAAAAGAGUAAUAUCACAAAGUGGAACAUCCAACAGUCCAUGUCUGAUGGCAGAUAACUCUCACUUUCUUUCAGAGUUAGUUGGAACAAGUGCUGGAUGUACAACUGCUCAAACUGACAAACAAGUACUACUGGACUGUAUGAGAGGGAUUCCAGCAGAGACACUACAGCAUGUCGUAGAAACGAUUUAUGCUUCUUCCGAUGAAGUUAGAUUUGUUUUGGGAUUCGGUCCCGUUGUGGACGGGGAGCUCUUUCCCGACCAACCAACCAAAUUGCUUUCAGACGCGUAUCCUAAUCACCAUUAUUUCUUUCGAUCUCUAGAUCUUUUGACUGGAGCAACUUCAGGCGAAGGGUCACUUCUUUUUAUACAACUAAGCGAUCCCAAAUUACAAGCUCGUUAUGAGUACAACGUUUCCGAAGGGUUAUCAAAAGAUGUUAUGUGUAACUUGGUUGCUCCUGGGCUGGUAAAAGAUCACUUCCAAAAUAAUCAAAAAUUAGCUAAUAUGAUAUGCGACGAAUACAGUGUUGGUCCGUCGGAAGGUCUCCAGUCACAAAGUGUAAGAACGACUGAGGCUCACGGGGAGUUUUUCCUGACGGCCCCAGUGAUUGAACUCGCCAAUCUCCAUUCAGACAGAAAUGGAAUGGCAAGCACGUUCGUCUACAUGCAUUCACGCAUCAACCCUGUUCAUAUCGGACCACCCUCACCAUCAUGGUUCACAAAAAGUGUACACGCAGAUGAACUAUUUUAUUUAUUUGGGAUACAGCAAUAUUCAAACAUAGAUCCCGCAGACCUGGAGUUUUCUAGAAUGUUGAUGACCUACUGGGCCAACUUUGCACGACAUGGAAAUGUGAAUAGUGGAGAUGACAAAUCUGUACCAACUUGGCCACUCUACAGUGUAGAUCAUCAACUUUACAAUGACUUUGGUUCAGACAUUACAGUUCAAAUUUCUCCUGCCAAAAGAGCGCACCAGUUCUGGAAGAUGUCAGCAUUUAUCAAGUUGUUUUUGGCCGCUUGUCUAUGUUCCACAAUUGUGGUAGCGGCGGGUACACCCCCUAAGCCUACCGGUAUGACAACUCCCCAGAAGACAUCGCGUUCCAGACCCACACGAGAAAUUCAAAUAACGUUGUGUGUUGUUAUUUCUAUGAUGUGCAGCGAACCUGUAUCUAGUGAACAACCGUACACGUUAAAAACAAAACUCGGUGAUGUAAUGGGUAUUCGUAAAACGGUCAACAACGGAUCAACCAAUGUGUUCAGCUUCCUUAACAUACCUUACGCCAAACCCCCUACUGGUGACCUUCGUUUUGCAAAACCGGAACCAUUUGGAAAAUGGAACGAAACUCUAAAUGCAACAAAAUUAGGAAAGGCUUGUAUUCAACCUCCAGAUCCGUUUAAUCAAUCAAUCUUACACGGAUUAUCAGAAGACUGCUUACAGUUGAAUAUUUAUGUUCCAAAUAACGUCUCUUCUGGUGUCAAAAGGAGUGUGAUGGUAUGGAUCCAUGGUGGUGCGUACAUCUAUGGAUCGGGAACUUUGUAUAAUGGGACCAUGCUAGCGGCCCGGGGUGACGUAGUGGUUGUCACCAUUAACUACCGUCUUGGAGUAUUUGGUUUUCUAUCUUACAAUGAAACCAUUGCUAGGGGUAACUAUGGUCUGUGGGACCAAAUACUGGCUCUCAAAUGGGUGCAAGAAAACAUUGAAGACUAUUCGGGCGAUCCUUCAUCAGUGACAAUAUUUGGUGAAUCGGCUGGAGGCUUUAGUGUUUCCCUUCUGUCGUUGAUUCCUAGCAAUAAGAGAUUAUUUCAUCGCGUUAUUGCAGAAAGCGGAGUGUCAGACUCCUUCUUUUCCCUGUCUGUGCAUGCUAAAAUCACAUCCAUUACACUGGGUGAUGCUCUUAGUUGUGUGUACGACCCACUUACAAGAAAUUUUAAAACUGUCCUCUUUUGUAUCAGAUCAAAAUCUGCUGAGGAAAUUCUAAACGAUUUAGAUAAAGUCGGUAUUUAUUUUCUGUCAUCAUUGACGACUGAAAUACCGUUUGCUCCAGUAAUCGACGGAGAAUUGUUCAACGAUUUUCCAUCCAAGGUGUUAGCUAAUGAUUUAUCAGAUGAGCUAGCAUUUUUCAAAUCUCUGGAUAUGAUAAUUGGCAAUUGCAACAUGGAGGGUUCUUUAUAUUUAGGGAUGACGCCACAGGAACAAGAGAAGUAUCACAUAAAUAUCACUGCUGGAAUACCCCAGGAUUUUUUCUGCGAGAAGUUCAUUCCUGCACUUGUUGGAACCUACUUUGACCAUAACUCAAAGGUCUCUGAAGCUAUUUGCAAGGAGUACAAAGUAGACAAUGACCCGGAUGAACAAAGUCGUCAGGUACUUCAAAUGUACACAGAUAUGUUCUUCAUUUCUCCGACAUUUACGUCUCUCUUCGCUCACUCUGGUGGCAAAGCGUAUCAAAGUACGUACCAAUACGUGUUUACAAAUAAGACACCGUUGCCUUAUGGUGCCCCUCGACCCCCAUGGUACAGAGGGGCUGGUCAUGCCUCCGAACUUGUAUUUCUCUUCGGUAUAGAAGACCUUCAUUAUCGGAACAUACCGGUAACACCAGAGGAAUUUCAGCUGUCCUACGUAAUGAAGGAUCUAUGGGUCAAUUUUGCCAAAACAGGGUAA